AGUAUUAUGCAUAAUACUUUUUAUUCAGUAAUCAUCACAUACAAGUGAAUGUAAUUCAAAACACAGACAGUUUUUAUGCAUAAUAUUUGUAUUCAGUCAUCAUCACAUACAAGUAUAAAUAGUAGCUUACAGUCCAAAGUAAUUUACAAUAUAGACAGAAUAUUAUGUCACAACACAUGGCAAUUAUGACAAUAUUUUAUAAUAUGCUUCCAUCCAAGGUAACUUACCUGUGUCUAUGUCUGCAUUUUCAGGUAUCUACACCUCCAGAACAACCAGGCAGCAGAUGUCAACCACGAAGACAAGCUGUGGAAAAUGCGCUGGUUUCUGAAUUACCUCAUUGCCCGAUUCCAGGCACUGUAUGAGGUAGAUGGCAAGGUGUCUGUGGAUGAGAGCAUGAUCAAAUUCAAAGGGCGUCUCUCCUUCAGGCAGUACCUCCCCAUGAAGCCGACAAAAUGGGGUGUCAAGGUAUGGGUAAUGGCAGAGAGCUCCACAGGUUACGUGACCAACUUCCAGGUCUAUGCUGGUCGUGAAGGGUCAAUGGAGAAGGGCCUCGCACACCGGGUGGUAAUGGAUUUAGCCAGACCAUAUUACGGCUCUCACCUGUCCAUCUAUAUGGACAAUUUUUACACAGGGGUAAAUCUCUUGGAGGAGAUGAAGACCCAUGGCCUGAACGCUUGCGGCACUGUUCGUGCCAACCGGGCGGGACUCCCAAAGAACGAGAGGCUUAGAAAAAAAGCUUCAAUGGAAAAGCAUGAGUUCAGGGUAGCUCAGAAGGGCGAACUCACAUUCUGUAUUUGGCAGGACACAAAAACUGUCAUGUUGCUGUCCAACCAUCACGAUCCAACUCAGACGGGGACAGUGAAUCGAAGAAAAGACAGAGCCAACCAAGUCCCGGUGGUAGUGCCAGCUUCACUCGCAGACUACCAGAAAUACAUGAAAGGCGUGAAUCUGAUCAAAUGGUUGGCUAUUAUGGAUUCCAGCAUCGAUCGAAGAAAUGGUGGAGGAGGGUGUUUUUCUUUUUCUUGGCUGUGUCCUGCCACAAUGCCUACAUUGCUGCGAGGUCUGUUGGAGGAACAACCUUCAGAAACAAGUACAGAGGCUACAAAAGCUGGCUGGAGGACCUGGCAGAGCAGCUCAUCACACCACUCAGAACAAGGGCUGUUCCUGUGACUCCUCCUCCUCCUCCAUCUCCAUCUACUCUUUCUGCUUCUCCAUCUCCUCCUCCUUCUCCAUCUUCUCUUCCUUCCUCUUUAUCUGCAGCACCAUCAGGAAGAAGAUUCUUACCUCAUUCUCCAUCGCCUCCUCCUUCUCCAUCUCCAUCUGUAGGAAGCAGAGGAGACACACCUCCUCCACAGCAUGACUGGAAAAGUCUAUGACAAGCG